GAGUGGCCGGAUGGAGCGCACGAGGCUUGGCGUCGAUUGUGACGCCGAGGAAUGGAACGCGGAGGAGAGGGAAAAGGACGGGGCGGGGACGCUUCCCCUCCUACCGCCUGGGGAGUGGAACCCGCUUGGGAUCGGCUGCUUCUAAGAGCUUCUGAAAAUUCUCUUCAGCGACUGGGGCUGAAAGUCGUUUCUAAAAGCCGAAGCCCUGCGGCAAAGGCAGCCAAUGCAAAAGAGCCUGUAGCCCGGCGGUCUUCCUUAGCCGCCCCGUUAUCGCCAAGUCUUUUCCUUGGAAAAAAAAGCGUUCACACGGUCGCUCAUUCACACGCCUUGGAACAAAGAAUCGGGGAGGGAGGGAGGGAAAGAGGAAGGGGGCGCUCAUGGAACUCGCCUAUAGGAUCUAUAGGACACUACAUUCCGCAGUCGGUAUAUAGAGAGACCUAAAGGGAAAGCCGGGAAGAUCGGCGGCUGCUUUGCUCUCCUCCAGCCCGGCAAAGGGGCCUCGUCCCACCCGUCGCUAGAGGGAGGUGUGGUAUAGAGAGAAAGGAGAGGAAGCGGCCGCCGGACCAGCCAAGGCGGACGGCUUGCUUGGAGAGGGCGAGAGAAGGGAGGAAGGAAGGACAAGCUGCCGAUCGGGCUUCCCUUGCCUUGAAUCGAGCGCGACAGUCCCCGGAGGCGUCGCUGGCGAGGCAGCCCUCGGGAAAAGGGCGCUUCGGGGGACUCCCGGAUAGAAAGAGGCGCUUUUGACAGGGGGGGCGGCAUCGGAGGUGGCCCGAGCCACAGGGGCAAGGCUGUCAUCCUCCCCCGCCUCUGCUUCGUCCCGUUCCUUGCUGUUAAAUCCGCCCGAGGGCUGCUGCUGCUUCCCCCGCGUAAGCGCGAGGCUUUUCUCGGCGGCUCCGGGUUUCCAUUUUGGAUGGUGUAGCUUCUCCGUAGCCAGGGAGGGCUCUUCCCGGAGAGACCCCCGAAGCGUGCGCGUCGAGAGAGAGAGGGGGAAGUUCGCGGAGAAGCCCGCCUCUGCCUCUCCUCCGGCUCACCUCCCAAACAAACAAGCCAGCCGGAAAGUCUCAAGAAGCUGCCAAGAAGGAGCGUGACUGAGAGACUCGCCCCGAGGAAAAGAGGAGGCGGAGGAGGAGGAGAAGAAGAAGAAGAAGCAGCGCCUUUGCCCUCCCAUCUUCCGUCCUGACCGCCUCCCCCUUUGCUUUGAAUCCACCUUCCCUCCGCCGUCCUCUCUCCUUCCUCGGAAGCGCCCAGGGGCUGCAAGAGCCGGACUGAGAGGAUGGCUUCGACCGCAACCUGCACCAGGUUUACCGACGAGUAUCAGCUCUUUGAGGAGCUUGGAAAGGGAGCGUUUUCAGUGGUAAGAAGAUGCCUGAAAAUCACUACAGGACAAGAAUAUGCUGCCAAAAUUAUCAACACUAAAAAGCUGUCAGCAAGGGAUCACCAGAAAUUAGAGAGAGAAGCUAGAAUCUGUCGCCUUUUGAAGCACCCUAAUAUCGUGCGACUUCAUGAAAGCAUAUCAGAAGAAGGAUUUCAUUACUUAGUCUUUGAUUUAGUUACCGGAGGCGAAUUAUUUGAAGACAUUGUUGCAAGAGAAUAUUACAGUGAAGCAGAUGCAAGUCAUUGCAUUCAGCAGAUCCUGGAGGCUGUGCUACACUGCCAUCAGAUGGGCGUAGUCCAUCGGGACUUGAAGCCUGAGAACUUGCUUCUAGCAAGCAAGUCAAAAGGAGCAGCUGUAAAACUGGCAGAUUUUGGAUUAGCAAUUGAAGUGCAGGGUGAACAACAGGCCUGGUUUGGCUUUGCUGGUACACCAGGAUACCUUUCCCCUGAGGUGCUACGAAAAGAUCCCUAUGGGAAGCCGGUAGACAUGUGGGCCUGUGGUGUUAUACUCUAUAUCCUCUUGGUGGGAUACCCUCCCUUUUGGGAUGAAGAUCAACAUAGACUUUAUCAACAGAUCAAAGCUGGUGCUUAUGAUUUUCCUUCCCCAGAAUGGGAUACCGUGACCCCAGAAGCGAAAGACCUUAUCAACAAAAUGCUUACAAUCAAUCCUGCCAAACGCAUCAAUGCAACUGAGGCCCUCAAACACCCAUGGAUCUGUCAACGCUCUACUGUUGCUUCGAUGAUGCACAGACAGGAGACCGUAGAUUGUUUGAAGAAGUUCAAUGCAAGAAGGAAACUCAAGGGAGCCAUUUUAACAACAAUGCUGGCUACAAGAAAUUUCUCAGCAGCCAAGAGUUUAUUGAAGAAACCUGAUGGAGUAAAGAAAAGGAAGUCCAGUUCGAGUGUUCAAAUGAUGAUAAACAACAAAACCAACGUAGUAACCAGCCCUAAAGAAAAUAUUCCCACCCCAGCGCUGGAGCCCCAAACUACAGUAAUCCACAAUCCAGAUGGAAAUAAGGAAUCAACAGAGAGUUCCAACACAACCAUUGAAGAUGAAGAUGUAAAAGCUCGUAAACAAGAGAUCAUCAAGGUUACUGAGCAGCUGAUAGAAGCUAUCAAUAAUGGGGAUUUUGAAGCCUACACGAAAAUCUGCGAUCCUGGCCUUACCUCAUUUGAGCCUGAAGCUUUGGGAAAUCUUGUAGAAGGGAUGGAUUUCCACCGGUUUUACUUUGAAAAUGCUUUGUCGAAAAGCAACAACAAGCCAGUCCACACCAUUAUCCUGAAUCCCCAUGUCCAUCUGGUAGGGGAUGAUGCUGCCUGCAUUGCAUAUAUCCGACUGACACAAUAUAUGGAUGGAAGUGGAAUGCCCAAAACGAUGCAGUCAGAAGAGACAAGGGUUUGGCACCGCCGUGAUGGAAAAUGGCAAAAUGUUCACUUUCACCGUUCAGGAUCACCAACAGUACCUAUCAACUAAAUGUCAGUGCCACCCACGUUGUGUCCACGCACUCCGCACUUGGUUGGCUCCCCCGGGCCAUCCUUUGGCCCUCUUCAUGCAUGUUCUCCGAGUGCAUGAAGCUGUGAAGUUUCUUCAAGUGAUAUGUUUAUGAUUGCAUCAUUUUGUUGUAUAUUCCAUUGAUAGCUUUUGUUUACCCUUCAUUGAAGGAAAUGUUUCAUGGCAGAUGGAAGGAGAGGUACAAGAAUAAAGGGUAAAGGGAAAAAUUGAAAUGUGAGAGUAUAUUCAGAUUAUACAUCUCCAGCAAAAAUACAAAUAUCAUCUGCAUGUGCACCCUAUAAAAACAAAGGUUAAAAAUAAUUAACUUUGUUUAAUUUUUAUUCUUUUCUGAGUCAUUUGUUUUUAAAGGUUGUUGCCUAAUCCUUGUGUUAUAGGAGGAUUAAUGAAUUUCCUACUAUCAGCAUCUUUAAUGUAGGACGUAUGGCAGACAUAGUGACUUAGAUCAAAGCAUUUCUAUAGGUUUGAGGUCUUGGGAAGUUGCCUUUGCUGUGAUUCACUAUGUAUAACUGGAAAAAAAAAAGGAUAAAAUUUGCAGAUUUGACUUCAACAAGAAUAAUUGUCACUGUGGUCAUUUGUUCAGCAAAUGUAACGGCAAAUAGUUUUUUCUUCCUUUUCUAAUUGCUUAUUUAGCAUCAUUUUCAGGAAGAAAAUAUAUAGCAUUUCUAGCUUUCAGAAGCCAAACAGUGAACAGAUUCAAUGUAGCUUCUGAUGAUAUAGCUUAUGGGUACAAUAAAACUUUUUUUAAUCAUUUUUUGGAUGUACAGUACAUUUAUUAAAGCAAGAUGUAGAGGAUUUUUUAACUGAUAUUCUAAUAAGAUAAUGUAGCAAUUUAGAACAAUUAGAUCUUAAAAGCUUAGUAUCAGGAGAAGUCUAAAUUUUCUUUAUAUCAAUUUAUUACCAGGAAACACCUGUUUUCUAAUAAUGUUGUCAAAUUUAACAGUAAUUUAUCCAUUUUUCAUGGCUCGUUGACAGCCUUGAAAGUAUGAAAUAAAAUAGUAAUUAUAGAUUUAUUAAUUUCUUCAUUUUCCUACAUGUCAAAUGUCCCUCAAAUGUCAAUUACUGCAUAUAUACCUGCAAAACAAGCAGUUAAAACACAUUAUUUGGAUAAUGUUUGUUUGCUUUUCUUGUAUAAAUAUAACAUAUUUCCAAUAGUACUGCUCCUUCUAUUUCAGUUUUUUUAAAAAAAUGUAUUAAUACUUUUCUUUCUUAUUAAAGUAUUUUUGUUUCAUUAAGUAGGGCAAUCAAUUUUCUGUAACACUGUAUAGCGCAUGAUAUUUUGAUUAAUAUUCUUUUUGGUAAGUAAAAAUUUACAACUUAUAACAGCUUGAAAAAAUUUUUAAAGACAGAGAAAAAAAAAGUCCCAAUUUGUAUAACUUUCAUUUCUCUAUACUGAUUAUUAAUCAAAAGUGGAUCUUAUUCUUUAUACCUCGAUGUUGUAAACAUUAUGUUAGAAAAAAUUAAGCUUUUCUGGUGAUAGUUAUUACAUACUUUCAACCCACAGAAGUAUUUAGAACAAUCAUCAGUAAAUGUCUCAAGCCAUAUUAAUCUGCUAGUGGGAUCUGUGAAAAGAUAAUGGCCUCAUGCAUAAUUUUUAUUAAUAAAUUUCUUCUUUUGUGAAGCA